AUUGAUGAUCGGACGUUUUGAUUUCAUUGUCUGGCUAGGGGACUGCUGAAGAAAUCUGAUGAAUUCGUGCGGUCGUUUGAUUUGACGACAAAAACAGAACCUCAGAGAGACAAAGACGCCGCACCAUGUCUCAGCCCCUGCAGCCCAGGAGACUGAGCUAGCAUGACCAGUACUGCAGCCAGACCACCAUAACCCCUGACAGACGGACGGACAGAGGGUAUCUGCUGUCUGGCCCUGCUGCCUAGACCUCACCCCGGCCUGGCCCUGCUCGUGGUUCUGCUGAAUGGCUGAUCUGCCCCCCUGCAGUAGCAGCAGUAUGGAGGAAUGGCAGGAGAAACGAGGCCUGCAGACGAUGAACCUGCGGUCUGUGUUCACACUGGAGCAGCAGCGAGUCCUGGAGAGCUACUAUGACAACGGUAUGACCAAUCAGAGCAAGAGCUGCUUCCAGCUGAUCCUUCAGUGUGCUCAGGAGACCAAGCUGGACUUCAGUGUGGUGCGGACCUGGGUGGGGAACAAGAGACGGAAGCUGGCCUCGAGGAAUGACCAGAAUGCGGGCGUAUCCCACUCCUUAUCCUUAUCGAAUCACAGCAUGGUUGGGGGAGUUUGUCCAAUCACGGGCGUGGUGGGCCUGUCCAAGAGGGUGGGUUUCCCCCACAAUGGGGCCAGGGCCGGGAGGCAGCAGGAGGGGCUGGGGUAG